UAGCAGUAGUACUGGAUAGGGGAAAAAAGUUCUUUAACUUGUUUACGAAGAUCUUGUAGUUGAUGACUCCCUAAUUGAAAUCCGAGAACCACAAGUCCACAAAAGACAUGGCAACUGCUGCUCCGAGGCACCUUUCGCCCAGAGCCGACGACGAGGCCCAAAAGCAGGAUGGCGAACAGCAUCAACUUCUUCUUUAAGGCAACCACGAGAGCAUCCUCAGCAUCAUCCUCGGGCUUUUUUUCAAAGGGAAAAAGAAGUGCCCAAGGAAGAUAGUCGGUCCCAGGGAAAUGUCCAAGUAUCAAGAAGGAUAUUACGACGCGGCAGCUCUAACUUCUUUCUCCAAAUUACCGCAAAAAGAGCAACUCCUACUCCUACGAUCCCGACUUGUCGCCAACAAGACGCCACGCAAAGGAGAAGCAUGCAAGUCUCGGUUGGUGCGAGAGGAGUCACAAAGUCCUGAAUUGGCUCGAUGAAGAUUAAGGCUACUGCUUCUCCUACUAGACAUUGAUAUUUUUUUAUUCGUCAGUCUACAAAGCCUUAGACUUUGAGUCUAAGUCAAAGUCAAUCGUUCUGGCACUUUUUAUCUCACGCUUUUCCCGAGAUGAUAAUGGCUCCAAGAAAGAGGAGGAAGUGUUGGAGGCUAUUUGGCCUCAUGUGUGCCACCUUUGCAUAUAACGGAAUUUUGCUGGAACGGAGAACGAUUGCAUAUUCCUAAGGUAAGCUAAAAAUGGAAUUGGAAAUGCUAGGAGAACUAGAAGACAUGGAUGAUCAUGAUUCAGGAUUUGCAUUUGUUGAUUUUGAUUUAGCAUAUAAUCUUAUCAUGUAUCAACCCCAAAAUACAUCCUUGCACUUGAGUCCCCAAACUCUGGACAACACCUCGCGAACAGGUAAAUGGAUGGACUUCUAAGUCUACUACGUACUAGUCCUCUCUCUUCAACAUCUAGGUUUCAAAUAUACUUCUUCUCUACAACAUCCGCUACUCCAGAAUUACCGGGCUGCGCUGUAUGCCUACGGAGGUCCUGGCGGAUAUUAUACCACUGAAGCAGUCGUCGGCGCUUUCCUGGGCAAAAACAACUACUUUCCGUCCUAUGAGGUGUGGAGAAAACAGUCCUCAAUCACAGCGGAAGACGAAGAAGAGGAAGAUGCGGGAGUACCACGAGAGGAUGCUGAACAAGUUUCUUCGGAAGAUGAAGAAACUAAGAAACGAAAAAAACUACUAGAAGAAAGGAAAAAAAACAGGGUCAGAAUCUUAAGGCCAUGUCGGUUCUAGUCCAUCUCUUUAGUGAGGAUCCCGUAAGCGCUCUUCUUUCUUCAGUUAUCUCGGCUAUUCUAAUUUUAGUUCCUUGGAAGCACCUUCUCUAAUUAUGGCAGAUCCCGAUGCGCCAGUACUUCCUGUCAGAGGCCUAUCUCCUUCAUCCAAGGCUUCCAAAUCCAAUUUUCUCCUCGUAAGCGAAACCGAUUUUAAGGCUACGUACCACUACAAAGCAUCCUCAGCAUCAUCCUUGGCAUCAUACAUCCUACCUUGGCCUGCUGUUUUUGAAGGAUAAAUAGACUUGCCCAAGGAACAUAAUCUCGUCUACCUCGGCCUCUUUUUGAAGGGAAAAAUACAAGAAGGGUCCAAGGAAAGUCGUGUAGUCUCAAGGUGUGACGAUGAUGAUGAUGAUGACGAUAACGCGGUAGCUCUUCUAACGCUUCCGCUUAUUCAGUUUUGUUCAAGAGCAAGAAGACCAUGCCCUUGACUUACGAACAAGUGUUGGAGCAGUUCGAGAGAGAAAGUGCUUUUCGCGUGGGACCUAAGAAUUUGAGGAAAACUAUCUUCUUCCAAGCCAGAAGAAUGGUUAAGAUGUCUUACUUAACUAAAAGAUCGGAUCAUCCUCCUGCCUCAGUUGUAUCAUCCUUGGCCUCUUUUUUAAGGGGAAAAAGAAGAAUUUCUAUGCAAGGAUGUGGAUGUUAUGACUCUCAAGGAGGAAGAUGCGAAGCUGCAGUUGGAGCUCUAAAAUAGUCAUUCGAAAAGUGCACGCUUUGUUGAAGCAGUUCUUAUAUGCAGAGCACGACAACGCGAUUUUCGGGAGUGCGGAAUUGUUUGUUAUGCUGGUGGAGGAAAGAAAUGACAAUGAGUACGUAGCUUGUCCUUGUUCAGUUACAGUUUCUCGAUGGAUAGUUUCUCGAUGGAUAGGUCGGGAUGCGAAGGAGCUUCUACAUUUAGAUAGUCGUUCAUGAAUAUCGUGGUACAGGAAGGCUGUAUUGAACAAGAGGUAGCAGAAAGGUAUUCAUCAUUUUUUGAUGAACUUUCUCUGUGAAAACGUAUUGACGGUAUCGCCUUUCUUUUUGAACAGCAAUUUCAUUAACACAGCUAGUUCUUCUAAUCUCAGCGCUGACUUAUUCGAAAACCCUCUGUGGAAGAGAUGGGAACUAGCAAAACGAGAGCAGUGGGAGAAGCAAAAUGAAGGGCCUCAAGUACUGACCACAGGAUUUGGAAUGUCAUCUCCAUCCAAAGGGAGUACAGCAUCUCCUUCCAAAAAAGGCACAAGAAACAAGAGCACUGAACAAGCGGUGGCUGUGCCGCAAAUACAGCCUCAGACCAAGAUGUCUCACUCGCGCUUGAAGCAUUUUAUCAGGAACAAGUGUGUCGGAGAAUUAGUCGACGCGUUACAAUCCGAAGAUAGUGUUAAGGCUUAUUGCAAUUCAUCUUAUGGAGCAUUUUCCUUCGUUCCUUUGACGCCUUUCUUGUUUACUCACUAAGUAAAGGAAAGCUAGUAUCAUACAUAGAAAUACUCCUGUCAGACCACGUCUCUACGGUCAUCAUGAACGAGGACAACAGGGACAACAGCAUGCGUGCUACGUCAACGAUGCUUUUCAAGAUAUGACGAAUACGGGUAAGGUCUAAUAGUCCCAUGUACUUCACGUCGGCAAUGGAGAAUCUGACGGUGAAAAUCAUAGAUGCGAGGAAAUGCAAAGACAGCAAAGCGAAAGCAGAAAUAGUAGCGGAGUAUGUGGACGACAGGGGAUGUUUUAAGCCAUUGGAUAAUUAUCUUGGGCCAGAACCUGCGAAAACAGAGGAUAGUGCUCCGAUAGUAGCAAAGAAGAAGAAGGGAGACGCUGAAUCAGAAGCACAACAAAACUUAAGGCUGCCUUUCCGUAAUUCACCUUAACCUCAAGAGGCAUCUUAGUAAGAUUCUUACUUUGGCACGUUUCUUUGUACGCGGAAAACGGAAACGCGUCAAAGAUGACAGACUUUCAAGAUGAAAGUCUAAGCAUCAAGCUCUAAAGAACGAUGGCCGAUUGUCGAAACCAAAUCCACCACCAAUGAAGAAACCUGUCUCGACGUGGGACCCAAUUUUGGAAGAACAUUUCUUCGUACAUCUAGCAUGGGAAGAUGAGUAACAAACACAGGGGCUUCUCAAACAACGACCAUCUGCGACGUAAGACGCCUAGUAGUGUGAUAUAAAAUGGACAGACACUAGUGUAGCGUCUUCUUCACGCGAUUUUGUAGUAAAAAAAAAGUAGUUGUUGUUGAUGAUGAUACAUGAGAUACCGACGCUUGAUGAUAAUAUUUUCACUGGCAAAGCCAAACAUGUGAAUGCACAGGCGCAAGAGAUCUUGACCUCCUAUUGAAGAAAGAGGUGCGCUAGAGGUACGACGUUUUUGUCCCACGAAGAUUGGGAGGGAAAAAGAAAAACGAGGUCCCAAGCGACGAGAAACGGGAAUGAGAUGUAAGAACAGCUGCACCACCAGCGUAGCAGGAGGGCGAUGCCAAAUAGAUAAAGCGACUAAUUACUGAGUUUACAAGAAUAUCGUUGACUGAUGCAGG